AUGAGCUAAUGUUGGAGAGGUGGAGAGUUAAAAGAAUCAAAAACAUAAACCCUAGGCAAUAUCACAAUUUUAUUCACCUUGUAUUAUUUAUUUAUUUUAAUGAAGAAUGGUUCUGAUUUAAAGAGAAAAAACACACAGUGACAAGAGGGUUCCGUUCCGCAGUUUAGGUUGUGGCAAGUUGAAGAAGAAAGCGACGGAGGAACGGAACACAUCUUGAGGUUGAAAUCGCAUCAUUCUAUUGGUUUUUGCAAUUGAUGAUGCUAAAUCCAAGGUAUGCCAUUCCCAAAUUCUCUCGUAAUCCUAUUCUAACAUUUACAACUUCUUCUACUUUGCUUCUUUAUCGCUUCUUCAGUCAUUUGCAACGCCAAUAUGCCAGAAAAAGUUCUGGGUUUCAUAAUGUAGAUGCCGCUGUUACUCGUUUCAAUUGCAUGAUUCGUGCACUUUCUCCGCCACCCACUUGUGAAUUUGAUAAGGUUUUAGGAGCUAUUGUGAGGAUGGGACAUUAUCCCACUGCAAUUUCGCUUUUUUCGCAGUUUCAACUUAGGGGAAUUUCGCCUUCCAUUGCCACUUUCAGCAUCUUGAUCAAUUGUUUUUGUCAUCAAUCUCAUAUGAAUUUGGCUUUUUCGUUAUUGGGUACCAUUCUUAAGAGUGGCUAUGAACCUAAUAUGGUGACUUUUAAUACAAUCAUCAAUGGUUUUUGUAUGAAUGGGAUGAUUUUUAAAGCCUUGAACUUUUACCAAGACCUAGUAGCCCAAGGGUAUAUUUUUGAUGAAUUUACUUAUGGGAUUUUAAUCAAUGGGUUGUGUAAAAACGGGCAAACUAGGGCUGCCCUACAUUUGCUACACGAGAUGGAGGAACGGUUGGUUCAACCGAAUCUAGUAAUGUAUAGUGCAGUCAUUGAUGGACUAUGCAAAGAUGGACUUGUAACGGAUGCGCUUAGCUUGUGUUCUCGGAUGGGUGAUAGGGGAGUUUUACUUGAUGUUGUAACCUACAACUCUUUAAUUUGUGGUUGUUGCAGUGUGGGUCGAUGGCAAGAUGUAACUCAAUUAUUAAUGAGAAUGGUCCGGGAAAACGUUGACACGGAUGACUUUACAUUUAACAUAUUGAUUGAUGCAUUAUGUAAAGAAGGAAGGAUCUUAGAAGCACAAGGUGUGUUUGUUAUGAUGAUGAAAAGAGGCGAGAAACCCGACGUUAUUACUUACAAUGCUAUGAUGGAUGGGUAUUGUUUAAGAAAAAGCGUUAAUGAGGCUAAAGAACUAUUCAAUGGAAUGGUCGAAAGAGGCUUGGAACCUGAUGUUUUGAAUUAUAAUGUCUUGAUUAAUGGUUAUUGUAAGAAUGAAAUGGUUGAUGAAGCUAUGGUUCUCUUAAAAGAGAUGUGUCAUAAAAAUUUAGUCCCUAGUAUUGCUACUUACAAUUCUCUUAUCGAUGGUUUGUGCAAUUUGGGCAGAAUACCACACGUGAAGGAACUUCUUGAUGAAAUCCGUGAUAGUGGUCAACACCCAGAUGUAGUCACUUACAAUAUAUUGUUAGAUACAUUUUGUAAAACCCGACCUUUUGAUGAGGCAAUCUCAUUAUUUUGGAAGAUUGUUCAAGGAAUUUGGCCUGAUUUUUACAGAAACUAUGUAAUUGUUGACAAUUUGUGCAAGGGUGAAAAGUUGAAGAUUACAGAAGAUGCUCUUCAAUACCUUUUGAUGCAUGGUUGUCCUCCAAAUGUCCGAACAUAUACUAUUAUGAUCAAUGCACUUUGUAAAGAUGGCUCUUUUGAUGAAGCUAUACUCAUACUAUCAAAAAUGGAUAACAAUGAUUGCCCCCCUGAUGCUGUAACUUUUGAUACAAUUAUUGGUGCACUGCUUGAGAAUAAUGAGACUGAUAAGGCAGAGAAACUUCGUCAUGAAAUGAUGGAGAGAGGUCUAGUAAAUAUUGAAAAAAGGUUGAUGUGCGAACAGGGAGGGAAUCUGUGACUGCUGAACUUGUCUCAUGCUCUAUUUCACAUGACAGCAAAGCAAGUCAAGAUUGACAUGCGUCGGGCAAUCCAGACUGCGAUGGCCGAAACGGUUAUGCAAGCAGGAUAUAAUUUUUCAAUGCCAAAUAGCAGAUUUUCUGUGUUCAAUGGUUGAUUGGAGACAACAGCAGGAACCAGAGUUGCACUAUAUUCUUCCCUGUAAAUUCUGGCUUUCAAUCUGGUUCACUUCAUGCUGGUGUCUGAGCAAGUUUCUUGCUUGUGAGCCAAAUCCCUGUGAUCCUUCAUACUCUAUGGAGAAGUGUAUGUUCCAUCCCCAAGGAAAGCACAGACUACUUGAUUUCUUAUCCGUAGUACUUCUGAAGAUUCAGUGCAUUGCCUUAUGGUCUUUGCCGGAGCAUUGGGUGGCAGAUUUGCAGUUCGACAAACUAGAAACAUCCAGCGUUAUCAUUGUUCAAUAUUUAAAACAAGUAGCUGCUUGGAAUCCCAUCCAACAACAAAACAUGCUUAUAAUGCAAAAAAACCCUGAAUAAAUCAUAUAUAUGGAAAGUUGAGAAGCAGGUGAUGGAUUUGAUUUAUUUUCAAUUCCUGUCUUGUAAAUAAUACAAUAUACACCAUAAGAAGAAUAGCAUUGUGGAACUGUGAACUGGUUGUGAGGAUGCAGGAGUUAAAAUGGAAUAUUCAUUUAUUGUAUUUAUUUACAUUGUUUA